ACAUAAAAAAAAAAAAUUCCCCCAAUUAGUUAAAACCCUAAUUUAAUUUCCAAACUUUAUUUUUUAGAUUUGAUCUCAAUUUAGCAAUCUGGAAAAUUAUAAAACACAUCAUCUUAAUUAGUUCUUCAAUUUUUCUAAUUUUCUCUCUCCUCUUCCCCCUUUUUUGUCUCUCUCAAGUUCUUCGAUCCGCGAUUUUGAUUUGAUUUGGGGAAGAGAUAGGUUGGGAAAAUUAAUUAUCAGAUCUAAUUACUUCUCCAAAGGUGUAAUUUUGUAGAAUAGGAAGUAAUUUUGAAUUGCGGGAUUUUGGUCGUUGAAUUUGGGAAAUUUAAGCUGAAUUAAGUGUUGAAUUUUGGAGGAGUAAUGAAGAACCUUGAACGUUUAGCGAAUCUGGCCCUUGCAGGCUUAUCUUUGGCACCACUUGUUGUGAAGGUGAAUCCAAAUGUAAACGUGGUAUUAACAGCUUGUCUUGCUGUAUUUGUUGGCUGUUACCGGUCAGUCAAGGACACACCACCAACUGAGACUAUGUCCAAUGAACAUGCUAUGAGAUUUCCAUUGGUUGGGAGUGCCAUGCUGUUAUCUCUGUUUUUACUUUUCAAAUUCUUUUCAAAGGACUUGGUCAAUGCCGUGCUAACUUGCUAUUUCUUUCUUCUUGGAAUAUUAGCUUUUUCUGCAACAUUGUUACCUGCAAUAAAGCGUUUCCUUCCAAAGCACUGGAAUGAAAAUGUUAUUGUCUGGCGCUUCCCUUACUUCCGCUCUUUGGAGAUUGAGUUCACAAAGUCUCAAGUAGUUGCUGCAAUUCCUGGAUUCUUCUUUUGUGUCUGGUAUGCUGCAAAGAAGCAUUGGCUUGCCAACAAUAUCUUGGGCCUGGCAUUCUGCAUUCAGGGAAUCGAAAUGCUUUCACUUGGCUCUUUCAAGACUGGUGCCAUUCUCUUGGGUGGACUUUUUCUAUAUGAUAUCUUCUGGGUGUUCUUUACUCCAGUUAUGGUUAGUGUAGCCAAGUCCUUUGAUGCACCUAUCAAGCUUUUGUUUCCCACAGCAGAUGCAGCGAGACCAUAUUCCAUGUUGGGACUAGGAGAUAUUGUUAUCCCUGGCAUCUUUGUGGCGCUGGCAUUACGAUUUGAUGUUUCGAGAGGGAAAGAAAGCCAAUACUUCAAGAGUGCUUUUGUCGGGUAUGCAGCUGGCAUGAUCCUUACAAUUGUUGUGAUGAAUUGGUUUCAAGCUGCACAGCCUGCACUUCUUUACAUUGUACCAGCCGUCAUUGGAUUUUUGGCUGUACACGUGACGUGGAAUGGUGAUAUUAAACCGUUGAUGGAAUUCGACGAGUCAAAGUUGGCCGAGGAUACGUCAUCUAAAGAUGACAGCGACUCUGCAUCUAGUAAGAAAGAGGAAUAGAAGAGUCUCGACGAAGAAACAGUUAGAUUGCAGCUCCUGAAUUAUGUUUAUUUAGGGGGCGGAAUUUCUCAAACUCUCGGGGCCUUUUCUAACUUAUGCACCUUCACACAGUACCCUUGUAAAAGAUUUUGAUGGAAUUGUGGAUGAUAUCAUUAUCAGCAGCCCCAUAAUAGGAAACGGAGCUCUUUUUCUACUGAUUUUGCUGCUUUUUAAAUCUAACAUAUUAAUAUUAUAUAGGAAAUGUUACUCUGGAAACUUUGAAUUGUUUA